AUGAGAUUAUUCUUGUUACUAUCCACAACAUUCCUGAUUACAUUCUGUUAUUGUGUUCCUCUAAAUUCUAAAGGAAAUGGUUAUAAAGUUACGCAGCAUUCUAGAGAAGUCAAUCCUGCUUCUAAACUUCCACAGGUGACUCAACCGAUUCCACAAAAAAAUGGCGAGUCUCUUCCAAAACCACAAGAAAAACGAAAUGUUCCAAAGACAAGCAUUGGAGUUCCUAAAUCUUUUCAACCACCUCAAGGGCAAGUUCAGGUAAAGACUGGCCAACCUACUCAGAGAGGUGUCCAGGAUAAACCAAAAGAAUCUCCUGAACCAGUACGGACUUCUCCACGGGUUCCUCAGAGGCAACAACAAACAGUAGCUUCAUCUACUCCUAAACCAGAAGAACUUACUCCUCUACCUGAUAUGAAAUCAAAGGUUGACGCUCCUAUAUUAAAGGUAGGGGAAUAUGACUUUUCAGUUCUGAAGUCAAAGGCAGACUCCACUAUAUUUGAUGCAGUUGGAGAUUAUGAAGGCGAACUUCCAGUUUUAAGGUUGACACCUAAGGCUGGGGUCACAGCGAAAAGACUUGUAUUUGAUGGUCAGACAUUUUGGACAUGUCAGGGUCCCAGUGAUGCAUGUUUGUCAGCCAUCUUAUACUUUGGAGAAAGCGGACCUGUAGCUGCUACAUACAGCGUUAAGGGAAGAAAGGUAUUCGAAGGCUACCGUAAAUUUGCGGAUGGAAAAUGGACUUCGGUAAAUAAGGAAGGUUUUAAUGAGCUACUUGAAGAACUCAAAAAAGACUUAGGAGAUGCUCCAGUACAGACUUCUCCACAGGUCCCUCAGAAGAAACCACGGGAUAAUGUGCAACCAUCUCCUCAACAAGCAGCAAAAGUAGAGACAGCUUCUGAAGUUAAGCAGGAACAAAGACCAGCUACAAAUCUCCAGGGCGAUGUCAAGAAAGAGCAAGACAGCAUGCAAGCUCCAGCUUCAUUAAAAACGGAAGCCAAAGAGGAACAGCCACUUACUCAAACUACUCCAAAAUCUGUCAAGGAUAAUGUAGAAGAGAAGGCAAAGCCUGCAGGCGAUGGGAAACCUCUCCAAGAGGUACCGAAAGAUGUAGCUGGUUCACAGGGUGAAAACCCUGAAGACAAAUCCACUAAGGAAGAAUCUCCUCAGGUUCAUACAACUAUUGAGGAGUCUCCAGUUACUCAGUCAGCUAAGCAAAGAACGGAUCAAUCUGCACCUGUUGUAGCCGGACCCAAGAAUGUUUUUUCUCCUUCCGGAGUGAUUGAUAUCUCAGCGUUAGAUAACGAGCGGUUUCAAUCCUUUGACUAUUUCUUUGUUGGUAACGCAAUAAAUCUCAUUGUUCCAAAGAAGGAUAUAACCGUUACAAGGUUAGUAGAUGGUGAGGGAGAUAUUUUCAUUCUGUCAUCCGGAGAAACUUUCCAACAUGCCAGAGUAUAUCUUAACAAGGAUAAGAAACCUGAACUUGUGUUGAUUACUAUCAGAACAUCUUCUAGCAUAUUACAGAAGGCCUACUCCAGGAGUGAAGCUGGUAAAUGGGUACCAUCUAAUGACAAAGAUGCCAAGAUUAAGAAUUUAAUGGUCACUAGUGAAUGGGUCCCCAACUUUGAAAUUGACCUUGCAUUACCUAGUAGCACUGAUAAAUGCACUGCUUUUGAAGUAGAUCUUCUAGGUGUGACAACUAAACACUUUUACCCUAGACCUGGUCAUGCUGUAGUAGGAGUAAGGGACGGAAAUAAAGUUUUAUGGGCUUCCAACCAACACACCAAGGAAGACCUUUGUGGGUACCAUGAUUAUUGUUUUUUUUGUCUUGUUUAUAAGAAAGAGAAUGUAGAACUACUGGAAAUGGCAGUUGUAGAGAGAAAUUUGAAGGCAAAGAAAUACUUUGAAAAGAAUGCUGAUGGUGAAUGGACUUCCAUUGAUAAGAAAGAGUUUGAUAGAAAGCUAAAUAAUCUCAAAACGGUGUGA